AUGAUGAACAAUCAGUUAGGAAUGAGGGUAUUGUUUACAUCUUGGAUCAUCCAGAAGAUAAUCAUAGAUCACAGUCUCAACAAGUUUAUGGCUUACCUGAAGUAUCACCAAAUGAAGAUGAGAGUUUUGACUGAAUUUGUAGAGUCAAAUGGUACCAUUGAGAAACACGGUCAUGGUAGAAUAGCAGUGGAUGAAAUACACAAAAUUGUUGUGGCAGACAUCCGAUUUGCUAACAUAAAUAGGAAUACAACUAAUCUUUUGCUACAAGAAAGUAACAACGGGUCUGUUCACCUACUGCCAAGAUAUUAUGAACGGGGAGUUUAA